AUGGAGAGAAUGGUCACCAUCCAGUGCCUCCGCGGCACAAGCCAACGCAACGCUCUGCCACAUGAAGUUUGCCCAGCAGCCUGCUUCCUCGAGAAGAAACCUGGGCAGUGCUUGCUGGGCUCGGUGCCGGAUCUUCCGUGGCGCCGCGGUUUUGGUGCUUGGCGACUUAUGGGUUGCCAACGGCUUUGCCAGGCGGUCAUAUCUACCAUCGGUGCCCACAAUCAGAAGAUGGCUGUCAAAGCGCUGCCGCCCACUGGGCGAGGCAAGGCGUUGAAGAACCUGCAGUGGCACCCGGACAAGAAUCAAGGACAAGGAAAAGGUGGCGGCGCAUGUUUUCCAGUUUCUCCAAGGAAGUUCUCCUUCGCAAUGAAGGAGGCCUUUGCCAGCUUUGGUCGAAAAGCGCCGCUCGGCUGCGGUUUGCUUGAGCAAGCUGUGCCAGUGAGCUUUGGUAUAACACCUUGUGGCUGGGCUGUAGGCCGCAUUCUCGGAUCUGAGCUUUGUGGACAGUUCAGGCCGAGAUGUUCUGCUAGGAUCCUGGACUGGACUCUGUGA